UUUUCGGUCUGUGUUCGCAGCCUCCAGCACAAGACACAGCUCGGGCACAGCGUCAUUGAUCUCUGUUGGACCGAGUGAGCAGACUAACUUCCCCACCUCCUCCACUUGGUGGACCAAGAGUCCAGUCCUGACACUGAGAUUCCGGUCCCUGCUGGUGUAUAGAACUACCUGAGUGCCUUGUCUUGGCCCGCAAGCUGGAGGAGAAGGCUUGUGUUCUCUCCCCAUCUGCCCACUCACUUGUGAUGCCUGCUGGGAUCCUGGGAAUGGGAGAUAAAACUGAACUAACAGGCCCAGAAAGAUGCAUGCAGACGGGACCCAAACACUCAGGGGCCGUGGGGCUUCAUCUGCAGCCUCAGUGCGGCGCCCACACGCUACCUCUCCAGCAGGAGCCCCGCUGCCGUGCAGCUGACAUCAGGGACUUCUGAGGGGUCCAGAGGUCACGGCGACUUGACUGACCCACUGGGAACCGGGUCAGCACCAGGCACCACCCGCGACUGACCCCACUGGAGACCCGGGUCAGCACCAGGCACCACCCGCGCCUGGCAGUAACCCUCGGUCAGUCUGUUUCUCCAUCGGACUUUGAUCAGGCGACAGGAAGUGACAUAACUGGCCCGUCUUGUCUUUUUCAGAAUCCCUAGUAUUUCCCCAGAAUGAAUCAAACAGUGUCCUUCCCGAUUCCCACGAACCCAGGGUAGGAAAUCAUUCUGAGACUAGAGGGGCAGAGUGAGCGAGUGGGUGGGAAACACAAGGCAACAACUUGUAGCUCACAAAUGACCCUCUAUAUUUCUCAGUCUAUCAGCGCUUUUCAUCUAGUUGUACUGACUACAGAAUCCUUUAAAGGUUUGCAGAAUAAUUAUAACAGGGUUAGAGUUUCUCAGUACUUUAAAAAAUUACAAUUUCCAAUUCUGUAGAUUAUAUAUCUUAAUCAUUUCAGAAAUAAAAAUAAAGGAAAACUUAGAAAGGUCAGCAUUUAACAAGUUAUCUGUGAGAUGCAACUUUCCUUCUGGGACUAAAGGGGGAAAAAUGUGUUCAGGGAAAAGAAGUUUUCUGCUGGAGAGACUGAAUAUAGAACUUUAAACAUUUUAGCAAAUCAGAUAUUUAACCCAAAUUUGAUUUUUAAUCAGAAGCUAUGGGCAUCCUAAAAAAGGGGAAAUAAUAUCAAAUUUAAAAUAAAGAAAAAAAGAAAUUUAACUGGUGACAUUAAGUAUUCACUAAGCGGUGCAAAUGCACCGUUAUCGACAACGUAAACCGCAGUGGAAAUUGAUAUCCUGCUAUCAUCACGGCCAUUUCCCAGUACACCGACUCCCCGAGUGCGGCGGCCUCCUCAGUCUGUGCGUGGGGACUCGCGGGCGGAGUCGCCGGAGGGGACACACGCAAGGCUGUGGGAAGCGCCUCGGGCACAGGGGCCUCCAGGAAGUGCGCUGCUGGGGUGGUUCUUCCUGGCGGAGGAGGGAGAGGAGUUACCGCCACAUGGAACAAACACUGCCAGCCCCCAAAUCCAGCAGACCCAGGAGGCCCCCACAGGGACCUUGGUAAGUGCCAGCCAGUGGCCUGGAACACUGUGUCCCCCAGUACGCAGGCGAUCCUGCAAAGGGGGCUCCCCCACAAGCAUCCUGCUGAAUUCCCCCAGACCAGCAGUGAGCCGCCUGAGCGGGACCACCUGGGCAGGACUGGACAUCUCCCCUGGUCACCCAGGUGCCACAAGGCACUAGCUGCGAAGCCUGGCUUCCUCUUCUCUGGGAGAAUGAGGAGCUACACCAAACGGACCAGGAGGAGAGCAAGCUUCAGGCGCCCCAGAUCCCGUAGGUGACGAGCUGACCCAGCAUCCAGCAGGACCAGCGUGCCGCCCCACUGGCAGGGAACCCCAAAGUGGCUGCCUAACCCAAGUGGCCGGCCCACAGGUCGGGAGCCGAGCCCGGGCUCAGGACUGCACACGGCGGGCUGCAGACAGGUGGGCCCUGGAAGGGACGCUGCGCAGCCUACACGAACUGCCCACACUCACAACCAGGAGGGGUCGUGUAAAAAUUCUUUACAGGUCAGCAGAUGCGGCAACACCGGGCCUGCACCUGACGUGGCCGAGGAGCACUUUCGCCCGGGGCCCCGCAGCUCCCCGUUGCCCCUCCUCUGGCAUUUGUACGGCCCGCCUGGCUCCUGACAGCAGGUCAGCUCGUGACUUCUGCCUGAUGUGCGUCAGCUCUGACCCUCACCACAACCCCCGCGAGGAGGAGACCCUCCCGUUCUAAUAGAGAGAACUCUGAGGUCAGGUCACACGACAGUGAGCAGCAAAGGCAGGGCUAGAACUCGGAGCUGUCUGAAUUCAAAUGUCUGCUUUUUCUAUUGCCAGCUGCCUCUUGGCCGGAAUCCUGCAUUCCUGAGUCUCUGGGGACCCUACAGCGUCCCGAAGAGCAGGUGGGAAAGGGCCCGAGGACAGGAAGAGGAAGGGGAGUGGACAAGGUGCAAAGGCAAACGGCCAGUGUCCUCAGGACAGCCCUGAGCCCGGGCACAGCCCCUCACCACCACCCGGAGAGCCCAGGACAACAGGGCAGUGUCGGCAGAGGAGGGACAGGACAACAACAAAGAGAGCCGUGUCAGACACAAGGAAAAAAUAAGCAGCAGAGGACAGGACAGGAGACAGAGGCGUGCUGGAGCCCUGCCGAAAGGAAGAAAAGCCCAAACCCAAUAAGUGCCGGAGACUUGCAACAAAACACCCACAGCGCUGAGUGGGGAGGGGGCUGGCCGAGAGCGCAGGGGGCCCAGAUCAUCGAUCUGAUGGUGCUGGUCAUUGACGUGACCAAGGGGAUGCAGACCCAGUCGGCUGAGUGCCUUGUGAUUGGGCAGAUUGCCUGCCAGAAGCUGGUCGUGGUGCUGAACAAGACAGACCUCCUACCCGAAGGCAAGAGACAGGCGGCCAUUGAGAAGAUGACCAAGAAGAUGCAGAAGACCCUGGAGCACACCAGGUUCCGAGGUGCACCCAUCAUACCCGUGGCAGCCAGGCCUGGGGGACCGGACGCCCCCGAAACGGAAGCUCCACAGGGCAUCCCAGAGCUCAUUGAGCUCCUGACGUCCCAGAUUUCCAUCCCAAGGAGAGACCCCUCGGGACCGUUCCUCAUGUCUGUGGACCACUGCUUCUCCAUCAAAGGCCAAGGCACUGUGAUGACAGGGACCAUCCUCUCAGGCUCCGUCAGCCUCGGUGACAGUGUGGAGAUCCCUACCCUCAAGGUGGUGAGGAAGGUGAAGUCCAUGCAGAUGUUCCACACACCCGUCACCUCUGCUGUGCAGGGGGACCGGCUGGGCAUCUGUGUCACCCAGUUCGACCCCAAGCUGCUGGAGCGUGGCCUGGUGUGCGCCCCCGAGUCUCUGCACACGGUGCAUGCAGCCGUCGUGUCCGUGGAGAAGAUCCCGUAUUUCCGGGGAUCCCUGCAGACCAAGGCCAAGUUCCACAUCACCGUGGGCCACGAGACGGUCAUGGGCCGGGUGAUGUUCUUCAGCCCUGCCCCCGACGGCUUCGACCAUGAGCCCGUGCUGGACUCCUUCGACUUCUCCCAGGAGUACCUCUUCCAGGAGCAGUACCUGUGCCCGGGCUCAGUGCCAGCCGAGACGGACGGUGGUGAGGCCGACAGGAGGGUGGGCCAGGCCUCCGAAGGCCGCUGCCCCCGGCAGCAGUGGGCCCUCGUGGAAUUCGAGAAGCCCGUCACCUGCCCGCGGCUGUGCCUGGUGAUUGGCUCCAGGCUGGACACGGACAUCCACGCCAACACAUGCCGGCUGGCCUUCCAUGGCAUCCUGCUGCACGGGCUGGAAGAUAAGAACUACGCCGAGAGCGCCCUGCCCAGGCUGCGAGUGUACAAGCUGAAGCACAAGCACGGCAUCGUGGAGCGGGUGAUGGACGACUACAGUGUGAUCGGCCGCUCCCUGUUCAAGAAGGAGACCAACAUCCAGCUCUUCGUGGGGCUCAAGGUGCACCUGUCCACCGGGGAGCUGGGGGUCAUUGCCAGCGCCUUCGGCCAGAGUGGCAAGUUCAAGGUCCACAUCCCUGGUGGCCUCAGCCCCGAGUCCAAGAAGAUCUUGACACCCACCCUCAAGAAGCGGGGCCGCGCCGGCCGAGGGGAGGAGGCCGGGCAGCCAGAGCCCGUCCAGCACGUGGCUCUCAGUUUGUCUUUCAAGCGCUACGUCUUCGACACCCACAAGCGCAUGGUCCAGUCUCCCUGAGUGCCCGCCGGCCGCCCCAGGGCACCUUGCCCAGGCCCGGGGGCCACAGUGCCACAUGUGCCUCCACCUCCAGGCUCUCCCCGGAGCCCCCGCACCCCCCCCGCCAGGGGACAGCACCGUGCAGGAAUGGGCUUCGGCUCCACAGCUGGUGGCCGGUGUCCCCCAGGCUGCCCGGCUGGCGGCCAGCGCUUGCCAGUCGCAAAUAAAUGCCCCGUGGUGCCGCCCGUUCUGCCGGUCUCUGUGAUUUCCUGGGGUCCCCCCACCCUCCCAGAUCUGUUCCCAAGGGCGAUGUCGGGAAUUGCCAGGGCUCCUGCCGAGAGCAGCACUAGGGGAGGGACCCAUUGGGCUGAGGGGGUCCACAAAGUGUCAGGCCCUUAGGUCAGGCUCGGUGGCCCCUCGGGUCUCCUGGGCCUUGAGAGAGUCUGGGAGUCCUUGGGCAGCCGAGUCCAGGAAGGGCGCCCAGGGGUGUCUGGGAGCAGCGGGUGCCAGGCCAGUGCUUCGGGGCAGAAGGCAGGCUGGGGGGUUUGGCCCUGCCCCCCAACACCAGGAGUCCCCAGGCCUUGUGCCGAGCCCCUGCAGCCGGGCCUCUCUCGAGCCCAGCAAGCCCCGCCCUGGCUCCUCUGCCCCCUGUGCCUCAAGCCACCCCACCCUGCAGCCCGACCUGGCCAUACUCAGAAAAGGGUGAAGUGGCAGAGCUGAUGGGCUGAGGGGGUAUCAGCUUUUAAAGACACUUGCAGGAUGAACACAUGUUCCAGAGUCCCUUUAUUUGGCCUCCAGGUGGACGCAGAGGCCUCCCUUUUACCCUGGUAAGCGGUGCAUUAUGCUUUAAUUUGCGAAACUGGCAUUAAGAAUAUUAACGGGGAUGGGCCAUAAUCAGAUGACUUGGGCCUGGCAAGCCCUGGAGCCAAGGGCCCUGGGCAGAGAAGGAUGCUGUGCACCCGCCGGGCCUGUGCGUGGUGGCCAUGCUGGGCAGCGGGCAGCCUAAUCCAGCGCCAGCAUGGGUGCCGGCAACAGUGGUGGCGGCCAACCCACGGCAGCCCUCGCAGGGUCACAGACGUCAGGCCAGGCAGCCAUCAGGGCGACAGCUUAGGGCUAGGCGGGCAGGGACAGUCCGGGCCUGGCCCCCAUCCCCCCGGAGCUGGGAAUAGGGCGGGGGCAGCUGGCGCUGCCGCAGCACAGUCAGGAAGCUCCCCUGGGAACCGUCCCCGACACCCCACCAUGGGCCAGGCUCCAGGCCCCACUCUCGUUUAGCCCCACCCCUGCCCUGCACCCCAUCUCACCAGGGAGGCGGUGCCACCUGGCUGAGGCCACCGUAGGUCACAGGGUGGGCUCCCAGCAAGGACUUCAGGCAGAGGCCCCGCCCCCAGCCCAGUCCAGUCCAAGGGGAGCAGGAAGGGCCUUCACGAGCACCUGCUGGUACCAGGCCCCGGGCUGGCCGCUCCCGUGGGUACUCGGCCCUUUGGAGGGGACCCUGGCAGGGCUGGGGCCUCCCGGGACUCACCCCUCAGAUGAGGAAACCUUCCUUCGUCGUCCUCAGUGCGUGGGGAGCUAGGUGGGCACCACUGGGACCUCCAGCCAGGCCAAGUCCUCCCCGACUGAGGGCUGUGAGGGUGACCUCUCCCUCCAGGCCCCCUCGGGGUGGCCCUGCCCUGCCCUGCACAGGCUGUGACCGUGAGCACAUCACUGUCUAGCUCCACGUGAGGGGUCACGUGACCCAGCGGGGCGAGGGGUCCUCCGUGAGCAGGUGCUAAUUCUGGGGGCAGAUCCGUGGGAGAGAGGGGCCCCGAGCCACUGCUGGGCAUCACAUCCUGGCUGCCCACUGACCAGCACUGUGCCCUCGGGCAAGUCCCGGCCUCUGCCCGGGUCCCUGGGUACAGCAGGAGAGUCAGAGCAGCUGCUGGCCUCCGUGUCCCUGCAGCCGUGGGAGGGGGACCAGUAGAUGUUGUCUCCCCACCGGGAGACUGGGGGCCUGAGCACCUCCCAGCGGUGGUGUGGGCAGCCCAGACCCAGCACUGCCCCCAAUCGGCCACUCCUCCAGGACCUCUGAGGGUGCCCACGUCUCGCCUGAGGACAGCACUCUUCGGAGCCCCGGGAAGCAGGCGGGCUCAGGCCGAGGGAACUAAGGCCCAGGGAGGAGGGGGCAGCCGAGCCGCGGGACAGGGAGGGGCUGCCAGGGUGCAGUGAGACUGCCCGCGUGGCCAGCGGCCCAGGAGGGGACGCUAUCAGGUCUGGCAUCGGUCGAAACCCGAGCACCCCAGCUGCGUCGGCGGGGCGCAGCCUUUGAAGGGGGAGCACGGCGGGCAGGUAGGGUGGGGGCCGGCGCCUGGUGCUCUCUGGAGCAGUGUCCCCCUUCCCUUGGCUCCAGGCACCCCCAGACCUUCCACGUUUCGUGGAAGAGAGGGCUACAGUGUGCGGAGCCCACCGUGGCAUCAUCACGCACGUAAAGUCGCAGAAUAUGCUCACCCACCCGCAGGGGUGGCCGGUGGGGCAGCCCCGGGGCCCAGCCAUUGCCUCAGGUGGAGCUGGGAUUUGAACCCCGGUUCUGGACACCUCCAGGGCCCCCCCUCGCCCCAGUGCCUCGGCUGCGCCCUGGGACCCUACUGUGGGCUGAGGUCCGGGGUGGGGGCCGCCCCGCCCGCCUGCCCCCCAGAAUGAAGUCGUUGGGCAGGCGCCCUGCCACGGACUGGGGCAGGAGGGGCGGUCGUGAUCGGCAGGCCCGGCUGGCUGGCUGGCGGGGCUAAUGCACCAGCAACGAGAUAAGGCUUAUCUGGAAACGUCUCUGGAAUUGAGACUCUGAUGGAAACAGGCUUCUGGGUUAAUAUACUUCUGACAGAUAAAGUGGGAAGCCCUGGGGGCCCGGGGCAGGAGAAGGGGCAGCUCCUGUUCUCCCAGGCCUCCUACCCUGGCCAGCGUGUGUGCACAUGUGUCUGUGUCUGGGUGUGCACACGGAACUUGGUCUCUGGGUGUGUGUGUCUCAUUUGCGGAGGCUUUGUCAGGCUGGGUGUCUGGUGAAGAGGUGGGUGUCAGGUCCAGUGUGCACAGGGUGGGCACACACAUUUGUCCAGGGCCAGUUUGUCCCUUGGGCCUCUUCCCCAGGACCUGGUGGGGUGGGAGUGGGGCUCAUCACACCCAUUCCGCGGACCCAGAGCUUCCUUGAGGUGGCCCAGGACCCUCUCAGUGCCGGCUCACCCUCAGGCGAUCCAGACCUCAGGCCUCCCCAGUCUCCUCACGGGGCAUAGAAUUUCCAGGUUUCCUUUGAGGGGGCUAAGGCCAGUCCUGGCCAUGGCCUCCCAGCUCCAAGUUCAGCCAUGUCUGUCCCCCAUGGCCAUGACUAGGGUGAGGAAGCCUCUCACUAAGGGGCCACCUGGGCAAGGUCUUGAAGAGAGAGUAGCAGUUUGGGGUGGCGGGUGGGGGGGGAUGCUUCGGCAGACGGGACAGCAGGAGUGAGGGCUCUGGUGGGAGUGCGGAGUUGGGGGGCCUGCGAGAGGAGGGACAAGGUCACGGCUCCCCGGUCUCCCUCCAGCCCUGGCUGGGCCUCCAGCGGCCCCCGCACUGGCAGGCCUGAUUAAAAAGAGUAAUUAAUGCCUGGCUGAUAACGCAGUCGAGCCAUUAAUUAGGCAGCUCGGCCAGUGCCAGGGCCUGACUGCUGGACGGCACCCAGGCAGCAGGGAUGCUGGGCAUGGGGCGCUGUGCUCCCUGGGGGCAGUUGACCCCGACCCUGGGCUCGCGGGGUCUGCUGCGGGAGCACCGUUCCCUCUGCCGAGGGCCUGUGGCGGGGCGGGGAGGCAGUGGGGGCAGCUGUGGAGGGAGGCUGGGCCGAGAAGAGGCCUUGAAGGGCCUUGAAGGGCAGAGGCAGGGCGAGUGUGUCCGAUCAGCGUUCGAGACACCCCCCCCCGCCCCCGCCCCGACUUCCGACCAGCGCUGGACACUCCUGGCCGAACCCCAGGGCCUCCCGGGGGGCAGGGACUUCGUGGGCUGGAGGAGGACUCCAAGGUUGGCCGGUGAUGGGCCAACGGGAGGCUGAGCAGGCUGAGGCCCUGAGGCCCUGGGGGGAGGAAGAGGACAUUUGGGAGGUUUGGGGCUUCGGCGCAGGGGGUGGAACUUGGUGGCAGGGGCAGAGUACGGAAGAAGCCCAGAGCUGGUCAUUCGGCAUUCACCAAGCACCUCCUGUGUGCGGGAUGCGGCGGGGCAGGGGCAGCCCUGGAACCCCCACCCAGGCCAGCAGGUCAGAGGUCGUGCACCCACGAGGUAUUGCUCAACCCCCCGCUGUUAUCACCGGGUCCAGUGGGGAGACGGUGCAGCAGAGAGGAACGGCCACUUCCUGCGGCCACAGCUGGGCUCUAGAUAAAGGCCCACUGGGAGCCCCGGCCACCCUGGGGAGGGCCAGCCACCCACCUCGCCCCUCAAGGGACACCCCCCAGACAGCCUCCAGGCUUCCCGCACAGUCACCGCCGGACAGGGCGGGCGUUCAGCUGCUGAGCGCCUCCCGUCCUGCUCGGGCCGGGGCUUCCGCUCCCCUCCCCAGGGUGGGCCCACCGAGCCCCGCCGAGUCAGGCAGGUGACCAGCGCGGCGCCUGUAUCUGAGCACUGCUGUCACAGCAGCAUUCACCCGGCCCACCCGGGCCCUCGGAGGGGCCGCGUAGCUGGGGGAGGCGCCCCCGCCCACUCUGCCUCUGCCUCGGGGUCUCCGCGUCCAUCUCUCGCUCGUCCUGCACAGAUGACCUUGGCUCCAGGCCCAGUUCACUCCUCCCACCUGCCACACUCUGAGGCGUGGACCUUGCUUGUGCCGCCAGCCGAGGGGGGCCGGUCGGAGGGGCAGCUGAGCGGCGCGGGGUCUGUGGGCCUCGUCACCCGCAAAGGGCGCCCGUGGCGUCCGGUUGGCUCCCCCUCCCACCCUCCUCCCUGCACGGUCCUCCCUGGUGCCUGCCACCCCCCAGGUAUGAUCACACCCUCUCAACCCCCUCUGCAGUCUCUAGGGGCCUGUCCUUGCACCGCCUGAGGGCCCGGAAAGGUGGGGGUGGAGCCGGCAGGAUGCAGGAACCGGGCCUUCCCUGCAGCUCCAGGCAGCCCUUGGAAGCCCAGAUUUCCCAAGGCUUCCAAAGCUGGGCCACAGAGCCAGGUCCUGACCCGUCCUGGGCCCUCCCAGUUCCUGCCCUUCUCAGCCAGUUCCUUACCCUGUCCCUAGACUGUCAACACCACCACCACCCCAAACCUGACCAGCACCCCACAUACACCCUUAUCACGAGGGGCCUGCACAGAUACCCGUGGGGAGGGCCUGCUGGGGGCACAGGCCGGUGGGAAGGAGCGUGAGGCUGGUGGUCAGCAAGGAGGGGCCGUAGCCAAGGCCAGGGGAGGGGGACGCGACGUGGCCUCUUGCCUUGGCACUGGGAGGCACACGAGGCAGCGAGAGGGAGGGGACCUGGGACACCUGGCGAGCCUCCCCGCGGUCACAACGUCGGCUGCCAGGUGGGAGCCCCGCGGCAGACACGGGUGUGGGACACCUUGACGAGCUCGCUGGGCCUCCCGAGCCCAACCCCGCAGCCCCUGGGAGACACGGGACCCGGGGCUUGGGACGGUGUGGGCUGGAGACCGGCGUGCGUGAGACCAAGCUGGAGAGAAGAAAAAUCAGGGCGUGCGCUGCGGGCCCCGGGCAGGAGAGGACAUGCGAGCCGGGGACAAUGGACGUGGCUUGAGAUGCUCAGCCCAGGGCAGGGUCCAGCGGAAGUGGGCCAGGCACCUCUGGGCGGCAGGCAGGUGUGGGCAGGCUGUUGUGUCACAGGUGUGGGGUGAGAUGGAGCAAUUUGUUCCCUAAUCAGAUGUGGCGCCAGACAACAGGGGACGCUGGCCUCCAAUCGGCAGCAUCUCUCCGCUUCUCAGUAUUCAGGGGUCGAGGGAAACGCGCCCGCCCGCCACCCAGGCCCUCACCAGUCACCUGCCUGACUCGGUGGGGCUCAGUGAGCCCACCCUGGGGAGGGUGUGGGAGUGCAGGUCAGGGGAGCAGAGGGAAACUGAGGCAGGAGGGCGGGGUUGGUCCUCUGCCCCAGCCCCCCAGCACGGGGAACCCUGUGGGGCAGGUCCCGGCGCAGAGCUGGCCCGGGGAACAGGGGGUCUGGGUGCGUGUGGACAUGCAGGCAAGCCACGGCCGCCCCUACCCUGUGGACAGCCGGGUGGGCUGCUGUUAAGGAGCAGUUGUCAGUCACAGGGCGCCACUGAUAAGACAGACAAGCAUCUCCCGGUGGCCGGAAGGUGGUGGGAGGAGACCCAGUCCUGGGGGUGCCCCCAUCGCGGGUGGAAACACUGAGGCUGUCGGUUCCGGGCAGGGCGCCUCCCACCCACCCGAGCCGGAAGCCUCUCCAGGGCCUCUGGGCAGCUGCUGUACACAGCGAAGCCAUGGGGCCCGGGCCUGGCCAGGGACGGCCAGCCUGAGGUCACCUGCAGGCCUGAGUGUAGGAUGGCAGGUGACUCCCGAGAAGACCCUGGGGGGCAGGGAGGAGCCAGUAACUCACCCCCUCAGCCCCAGCCUUGAAGCUGCAGCUCAGAGGCCAGAGAGGUUGCAGGCGGAGGUCCCAUGGGGCUCGUCAGAGCUGGGGUGCCUGCCUGAGCCCUGUGCUGUGGGGAGUGGCCAGAGCCAGGGACAGCGAGACACAGGCAGAGACAUACGGCGGCAGAGAAAGAGCGAGACAGACGCCCAGAGAGAUGGAGAAAGAAGUAGAGAGAGAGAUAGGGGGACCCCGAGAGCUGAGUGCACCCAGGGGAGGGCCCCAGAGACGGGGAGGAGAGAGAGGGUCCCUGGGGUCGACCCCACUCUGAUUGGCCAGGACUGACUGCAAUUAAAGCCCAUAAUUGAUUCCCUGGUCUGACGAGGAUCAUUUCCAUGCAGAGAAUUAAGGUUUUCUUCCAAGAUGGAAAUAAAGAUUAAUUUGCAAUUUCCUUCCUCACUGCACACAGGAGAGCAGCCCCUGCUGGGAAGAGGGCUCAACCUGGCAGGUGGGCUGGGGGGGGAUGGUGGCACGAGAUGGGGCAGCCUCCAGGCCUGGGCGCAUGUCCUCCCUGGGAGAGGGCAGCCUCUGGAGGCUCCAGGACCCCUGUGUGCCCAUCACUGGCCCAGAGGGGCCCAGCCUGUCCCCCUCGGGCCCCUGGCUCUGUGUUGGUGCCCCGCUCAGAGCGCUCCCACUGUCCUGCUCUGUACCCUUGGAGGGUGAGGCUUACGACUCACGGCCCCAUCACGUCGUCUGAGGCCCGGACAGCCACGGUAGAUGAGGCAGGAGAGUCCCCGAGGGGAGAGGCGGGAAGGCCCGACUCCCCUUUCCCUGUGGGUCCUUCUUCAGCCCCAGCCUCCCCCCCAGGCACAGCUAAUGGAGCCCCUCCUGGAACUCACACAGGGCUUCCCUGGAGGGAAACACGCUGGAGCCCAGGAGGCGUCCCCUCCUCUUUGGCCUGGUCCCCGCGGCCCCGCGACCCUGCACCCUUCACUGGGGGCACCCCAAGCACAGGCACACAUGCAGAAAGUGACGGCCCUGGGGCCUGUCCAGGCCCAGCCACCGAGGGCCGCCCCUCGGAGAGGCCUGCCGAGUCCAAGGAGGCCAGAGGGGCCACCCACGCCCGUGUCCCCAGGAGCCAGCGUCGCAUCCUCAGACUUGUCCCCGGCAGGGCACACCGUGCGGCCACAUCGCCUCCUCCGCCCUCUGCAGGCCCACACCUGCCGAGGCCCAGGCACAGGGAGGGUGAUCAGGCUGCUCUUCCGGCCCGUGCAACCUCUGAGCGAGCACAGCUGGGGCCACUUGCUGCCCCCGGGGACAGCGGUCCAAGCACAGGACGGGGUCUCACCGGUGGUCUUCCGAAAUCCUGUCUGCACUCCCUGAGUGCUCCGGGGCUGUGUUCUGCGUGACCUCUGGGCAGGGCCUCCAGGAUCCCCAAGAAUUUGAACUUGGGCUCUCGGCCGGGUAUAGCCUGAGACCCACCGCCCGGCACUCCCGCCUCUGCUCCCUGCCUGCCCUGCCUGGUCCGCUGUGGGCCGCACAGCCCAGGGUUGUGAACGGCCUGGAGCUGGCCGUCGUGCCUUAUGCCAGCCUUUCCUGACAGCCACCUCUGGAUGACCUAUGACCUCGCCCGGCACACAGGCGGUGGGGAGUUGGGGGAGUAGGUUUAUGAGCAGAGGGGCUGGUGCAUUCCUCCACGGCCUGGUGGCCUUGGCCUAGGUCACCAUCGCCACGGGACUGAGCGGCCGGCUGCCCCCCAGAGUCCCGACCGCUCCUCCCCGGCCCACCUGCGACACCACGUGCUCCAGAGCAGGGACUUCAUCUGGCCUGUGUGCCUGGUCCACCUGGGGCUGGGCGGGCUCACCCCCCGCCCCCCCUCCACUGCUGCCGCAUCCUCCAAGUCCAGCCUCUGCUUACAUACCUCCAGGCACGGGGAGGUCCCUCCACACUAUCCCGGCCGAAUGACAGCUGAGACAAGCAGCAACUCUGGGGCAGCCACCAAGACAGCCCAGCACAGGGCAGGCCCUCCCUGGGGGAUGCUCUGGUGGGUCCCAGGUCUGCCCUCUGCACCUGCAGCUCCUCUGUCCCCAGGGCUCUCCUCCGAGAAGCUGGGCCCAGAACCUCGGUUCCCUGCCCUGGCCCUGAGCCCUGAAAUGCCCCGGCUGCUGGUGGCCACUGCAUCUUGUUCAUUAGUUCGUUGAUUCCUUUGACCAAGAUUGGACCAAAGUUUCCUGCACACUUGCCAGGGCCUUGGGGUGGCUUGGAACAGCCUGAUGAGGGGUGCCUAGAAGGGCGGGGACAGUUGCCACCCUGGCCACCAUGUCUGGGAAUCAUAGGCUGGCCUCUAUCCUGGGAGAGUCAGCAUGCAGAUCCUUCCUGCAGGUUCCACAGACCACCAGCACCUAGUGGUCAUGUAACCAAGUGUCUGGUUCCCAGACCUCACCUCGCUCAGCAGCCCUGGGACCCAAUGAGGCCUGGAGCAAGUGUCUCACCCUCUCUGUGCCACAGCAAAAUGGAAUGGCUAUUAGGACCUGCCUUGCUGGAUAGUGGUAGGAAUGAAAGGGGCACACAGCAGAUGCUCACUAAAUGCUCUGUGGCAGCCAGCUGGGAGAACAGUGGGGUGUUCCCCAAAAAGUGAAACAGCCUUAUUGCCCCAAAGUGGAGACAACACUAAUGUCUAUCAACUGAUGAACAGAUGAAAAGUGCUGGGCGCACCCACACACUACCUGGAAUACUAUUCCGUGGAAUAUUUAAAUGAAAUAUUAUUCAGUGAUAAUAUAAUAAUAAUAAAAAGGGAUGCAGUACCAAUGCUUGCAACAUGGAUGAACCUUGAAAACAUUGUGCUGAGUAGAAAAAGCCAGAUUCAGAGGAUGCCGUGUUGCAUGGUUCCACAUGUAUGAGCUACCCAGAAGAGGCAAAUCCAUAGAGACAGAAGGGAGACUGGUUUCCUAGGGCUGGGAGAUGAGAGGAAGAGGGUGGCGGUCAGGAGGUGGGGGGAUUCUUUCUGGGGUGAUGGAAAUGAUCUAAAAUUGAUCGCGGUGAUGGAUGUACAGCUCUGUGAAUAUACUAAAGCCAUUGAAUUAUGCACUUUACAUGAGCGAAUUGUGUGGUGUGUGUUAUAUCACAAUAAAGCUGUUAAAAAAAAACUAAGCAA